GUUCAGUUCAAGUUUUGGGCUCGGUCUUGUAUAAAUAGUUAGCCAUUGAGCCUCAUCAGACAGAAGCUUUUCGAUCGCUCUUGAAGUAACAGAUUGCAGCUGUCAUCAUGAAAUUCCUGGUUGUUGCCUUUGCCGUUCUGGCCUGCGCCUAUGGAGAUGUCUCCCAUUUGGGUUACGACUACUCUCCUCCGGCCCCGGCUCCGGUCUACCAGCCUGCUCCGGCUCCGGUCUACCAGCCUGCUCCGGCUCCGGUCUACCAGCCUGCUCCAGCUCCGGUCUACCAGCCUGCUCCAGCUCCCGUCUACCAGCCUGCUCCGGCUCCCAUUCCAGUCUCGAUCCCAGCUCCAGCUCCCGUGAGGGCCUAUGUCCCACCCGCACCCAUCAGCAUCCCGGCUCCCGCCCCAGUGAACACCUACAUUCCUCCCGCACCUGCACCAGCUCCGGUCUACCAGCCUGCUCCUGCUCCCAUUCCAGUUGCGAUCCCAGCCCCUGCUCCCGCUCCAGUUGUGAUCCCAGCCCCUGCUCCCGCUCCAGUUGUGAUCCCAGCGCCUGCUCCCGCUCCAGUUGUGAUCCCAGCCCCUGCUCCCGCUCCAGUUGUGAUCCCAGCGCCUGCUCCCGCUCCAGUUGUGAUCCCAGCCCCUGCUCCCGCUCCAGUUGUGAUCCCAGCUCCAGCUCCCGUGCGUUCCUAUGUCCCACCUGCACCAAUCAGCAUCCCAGCCCCGGCUCCCGUUUACCAGCCAGCUCCCAUCAGCAUCCCAGCCCCGGCUCCCGUUUACCAGCCAGCUCCCAUCAGCAUCCCAGCUCCCGCUCCCGUCUACCAGCCAAGCAACACUCAGGUUCUGGAGGAGAUCGAGCCCAUUUCCAAUGAUGGAUACCGCUACAAGGCCGUGCGUCGUCGCGUCUUCCGUCACCGCUUCUAAAUUUACCAAAGCCCAACGACAAACUGUUUCCUAACGAAUCCCUACGGGGACUCGCAAUAAAAAAUGUCCGCCUUCAAUUUGUUAAACAAAAAGAAAA